AAGAUUCUCAAGCACGCAACAAUGUUUUUCUCUUGUUCAAUGCCAAACCUCGCUAUGGUUAUACCAGCGAUGGACCAUAUUGACACCACCUUCACCAACUGCAUCAUCAACAAGGCCCGUCUUCAGCCAGCCAUCCAUACUGCCCUCGGACUUGCAAAAACAACCCUC